AUGCGUCCGAGAUCGAGAAGGAUAAAACGUAAGGAUAAAAAACCAGAAGAAAAACGACCUAGAACGGCAUUUUCCGGAGAUCAAUUGUCGAGGCUUAAACACGAAUUCGCGGAAAAUAGGUACCUGACGGAAAGGAGGAGACAAGAUCUCGCUAAAGAAUUAGGACUCAAUGAAGCUCAAAUAAAAAUAUGGUUUCAAAACAAAAGGGCGAAAAUGAAAAAAGCAAAAGGGGAAAAAAAUCCACUAGCCCUUCAAUUAAUGGCUCAGGGGUUGUAUAAUCACAGUACGAUACCCGUUGACGAAGAUGAAUACCUGGAAGAAAUGGCGGCGGCUUCAAAUCAAUCAAAUCCCGUUUGA